AUGUCAACGCUCCUCCGAUGGACAAAGAUUCCAGCCGAAGUGCUGCCCCGGUCCUCUCAUUCCAUCUCCGUGAUCCAGAAUUCAGCCUACAUCUUUGGCGGUGAGAUCCAGCCUCGUCAGCCUUGCGACAAUGUCGUCCAUAAGAUUGGCAUCCAGGACGGCAAGUACGAGGAGGUCCCCGGAUCUGGCGACAUUCCACCACCUCGCGUUGGACACGUUGCAGCUACAGUCUCUAAUCAGAUCUACGUUUUCGGCGGGAGAGGAGGAAAAGCAAUGACCCCUCUGGAAGAACAAGGAGCAGUCUACAACUUUGACCCCUCGACCUCUUCUUGGUCCCUGCUCAAGCCUACCUCCUCGAGCUUCCCCCAAGCUCGAUCCUACCACUGUGCGACGUCCACUUCGACUCAUCUCAUCAUUCACGGUGGAUGUGGAGGAGCAGCCUCAGGUAGCAGGUUCAAGGAUCUCUGGGCAUUCGACGUCUCGUCCAGAGCAUGGACCCAAUUGCCGGAUGCUCCUGGAGACCCAAGAGGAGGAAGUGCCAUAGCCCAUGCCGCCGGCAAGAUCUGGCGGUUCGGAGGGUACAACGGCAAGACAGAAGUCGGAGGCGAGAUUGAUGUGAUCGAGUUGAGCUUGACAUCUGGCUCCUUGUCUACUGCACAGUGGGAGACGAGACCAUUUCCCAAGGAAUCAGUGGAUGGACCAGCGGGGCCUGGGUCGCGAUCUGUCUGUGCGUUAUUAGCCCUGGAGAAAUCGUCCAAACUCGUCACGUUCCUCGGCGAAGGCAAUCCGUCACCCACGGGUGGACACGAUGCAGCUGGAAACUUUUAUGCUGAUGUCUGGACUUAUGACCCGAGCAACAACCGAUGGGACGAGGUCAGGGUAGACAGGACAGGUGGCAAUCCCGGAGAGCGCGGUUGGUUCGCCGCUACCGCUUCAGAUGUCGGCCCAGUCCUGUGGGGUGGUAUCGACGGCAACAAUGACAGGCUAGGGGACGGAUAUAUACUUUGUGAAGCGUAG